CCGGGUCAAGCCACGGUACCGUUGGUCGCCAUGUUGCUCAAUGAAAUUAGCUUCAAACAUUAAAAUAUCCGCUAGCAAUAUUGAUAUGUUAACGUUCGCUUUCCAGACAUUGUUACGGCUUUUGUCAUAUUCUAAAAUGCCUUAGGUACUAUUAAACUACCAAGGAGCCCUGUAUCGUAUUAUUGAGGCAACCAUUGUAACAGUGCCACGCGAUGCACCAUGGAAGCGGUUCACAAAAUCUUCAACGACAACUUCAGAGGUCUAAGUCGGUCAGUGGAUCAGAAGUCGAAGAUCAGCAGCAAGCGACCAUGGCAGCUCCACAACAACAAACUACAGUUACCCACCCUCAGUCUCCCGUAACCACGUUUUCUUCUGCUGCCAGCCCAUCAGCUCCACAGUCUCCCAAUUAUCAGAUAAUCAUGAGUCGUAGUCCGGUCACCGGUCAGAACAUGAACAUCACUUUACAAAACGUGGGGCAGAUGGUGACUGGAAACCAGCAGAUCACCCUAACCCCACUUCCACUCCAAAACCCAGCAUCCCCUGGUUUCCAGCAUACGGCACCACAAUGGAGGUUUGAGCAUGCUCCAUCUUCCUACAUCCAGGUCACAUCUCCUCUACCCCAGCCCAUGCAGCCCCAAAGUCCCACCCAGCAUAGUCCAGUCCCACUGCAAGGUGUCACAAGGCCAGGGGCUCCUGCACUUGGUGUGUGCGGACAGAGCCCGACAAGGUUUGUCGAGGCCGGAAUGUUAGUACGGCAAAUCGGUUUAAGCAGUCCAUCGGGAAGUGGGCAUUUUGUCUACCAGGAGGGGACAGGGCUUGCACAGAUUGCACCAGGCACUCCGGGCCAAAUACAACUGUCAUCUCCAGGAGCACCAGGUUCUGUUCGGGAACGUCGACUUUCUCAGCCUCACUCACAGACAGGAGGCACCAUUCACCACCUUGGACCUCAAAGUCCUGUGACUACCUGUACUGUUCUCCCCACUUUGGGCAGCCCUGGCCACAUUACCACUUCUAACCUACCUCCACAGAUCAGCAGCAUCAUACAAGGACAGCUUGCACGCCCUGUGAUAUUUGAGAAGACACCACAGGGUGUUGUUGGAACGACAGCCACUGCAUCUUUUAGUAUACCUUCCUGUAUUCCACCUUCCAGCCCCUCCUUCACGAGUCCACCCCAAGGACACAGCAACAAUCUUCUUGCACCAACCAACACUGCAGUUGGCACUGUUAAGAAACAUCUUCCCAAGCGGUUAGAGGAGAUUGCUCCUUCUACUCCAGAGAUUGCUCAGCUUCGGAAACAGUGUUUAGAGCACCAUAUCAAGAAGAUGGAUAGUUUAAAGGAGGUGUUCAAAGAAUAUCUUAUAGAACUAUUUUUUCUGCAGCAUCUCCAAGGAAACAUGAUGGACUACUUAGCCUUUAAAAAGAAACCAUGUGUUCCAUUGUAUACCUAUUUAAGACAGAAUGACUUGGACGUUGACGAUGAAGAAGAAGAAGAGGAACAGUCUGAGGUCAUUAAUGACGAGGUAAAAGUUGUCACAGGAAAGGAUGGUCAAGCAGUGACACCUGUUGCCAUAGCAACACAGCUUCCCCCUAAUGUUUCUGCAGCUUUCUCCACACAGUUGCAGUUUCAGGGACACCAAGUGGCAGUUUCUGGCACCCUUGCCAACCCAGGAGACAUGGAUGCCUUUAAGAGGCAACAGGCAAUGGUGCAAGCAGGCGGGAUGCCGCCAACUCCACAAGCAGUCCAGAUUGCCGGACAGAAGCAAAACCAGCAACAAUAUGACCCAUCUAAAGGACCUCCGGUGCAGAAUGCAGCUAGCUUACAUACUCCACCGCCGCAACUGCCAUGCAGGUUGCCACAGGGUCCCCCCCAAAUGGCUGGCCUGCCAGUCACACUCCCCCAGCAGUGUCAGAUUGUCGAGAGUACAGUCCAACCUGGAAGUCAGUUCCAAGCGCAUGUGAAAAUACAGACCGGGGCCCCAAUCAUGGCGUCAGUAAAUCCCCAUGCACAACUCCAGGCACAGCUGCAACAGCAGUUGCAACCAGGUCUUCAUAUUCAGUUGCCUCCUCAGCAGCAACAAACCCAGCCAAUGCUACAUUCAGGGCAAGCGACGGUGACUCUUGGUCGUCCUGGAGCUGAAGCCACCCAACCAGUUCAGAGAAUAAUGACCAACUCAAUACCAGUCCCCUCCAUGUCUACUCCUUCCCUCCCUACUUGCAACUCUGUUCCAACUUUACAACCGACAAGUCCUCUGCGCACUCUUGGUGCCAAUACAAACUUGAGCACACAGUCCAAACUGACCGGUACCAAUGGUUUCUCUGGAGUCAAAAUGAGUGGGUUUGGUCAAAGUGCUACCGUGCAGGAGACUUCUCAAGAUAAGCAAGUCGAGCAAGCUAAACUGGAGAAUCAAGUGCAUCAACGCAUCUCUGAGUUGAGAAAGGACGGCCAGUGGUCAGCCAGCAGGCUCCCGAAACUUGCGGAGUCCUCUCGUCCAAAGUCCCAUUGGGACUACCUCCUUGAAGAGAUGCAGUGGAUGGCAGCUGACUUUGCCCAGGAGAGGAGAUGGAAAGAGGCUGCUGCGAAGAAGCUUGUUCGAACCUGCGCCCGUUACCACCAAGAGCAGAAGAAAAGUCAAGAGCGGUCAAAGAAAGAAAAGGAACUUCACCUUCGCCAAAUUGCCCGCACAAUUGCCAGAGAAGUGGAUUUUUUUUGGUCUAACAUUGAGCAGGUUGUGGAAAUUAAACUUCUAUUUCAAAUGAAUGAAAAACGGAUUCGCGCACUUGGCUUGCAAAAAGCCUCAAUCAAAGGGGAGAGAGGUGACAAGGAGGAAGUUCCCACUCAAUCCAGAAAGAGAAAAUUAAGUUCAUCUUUAAGUGAGAAAACUGAUGAAGAGAGCACGAUAGCAGAGCAAGAGGUUGUGGAGGGGGAAGCAGAUUACAAAGCUGAGUUGGCUGAACUCGCCAAAGAUGCUGAGUUGCCUCUGGAUGCUUUGAAGAAGCAAUAUGCCGGUGCCUAUGCUGAGGGCUUCAUGUGGCCUCAAAGUGACCAUGAUGAUGAUGAAGAAGAGACUGAAGAACCUACGUGUCCUGUGAGCAGUCUGCCUGAGGCCGUGCUGAUAGACUCUCUGCUCAUCGUGGACCAGUAUCGUAGUACUGACAAAGGAUCUUCUUGCGAGUCUGAUAAGAGAUCUGCCAGAGACAUAUCGCAAGUGGCUGCCGCAACAGAAGUUCUUUUGCCCAAGGGUCCUUUCAAGACCACUUCAUUGAAUUGCAAUCCUGCACCCUUUCUACUGCAUGGCUCACUGAGAGAAUAUCAGCAAAUUGGUGUUGACUGGCUGGUAAAGUUAUAUAAAAAGCACCUCAAUGGUAUCCUCGCUGAUGAAACAGGUCUUGGCAAGACUGUACAGACCGUUGCUUACAUGGCCCACCUAGCUGGCCAAAUGGGUGUCUGGGGACCCCACCUGAUUGUGGUCAGGACAUGUAAAUUGUUAAAUUGGGAGGUUGAGUUCAAACGUUGGUGUCCUGGCCUUAAAAUCCUCCUCUAUUUGGGAACCAAGAAGGAGCGCAGAUUUCAAAGAACGAGGUGGCAGGAAGCAAACAGCUUCCAUGUGUGUGUAACGUCGUACAAGCUGCUGAUGAAGGACCACAGCCAUUUUCGGAAGCAAAAAUGGAGGCACCUGAUUCUGGAUGAGGUGCAGCUCAUCAAAAAUAUGACUGAAAAACACUGGGAAACCAUAUUUGCUCUAAAAUGUGAACAGCGGAUCCUCCUCAUAAAUACCCCACUGCAAAAUACCCUCAAGGAGCUGUGGACUAUGAUCCACUUCCUCAUGCCAGGUAUCACUAGGCCCUACUCUGACUUCCCUGUGAAGGCAGCCACAGACCAGAAUCAGGACUAUUGCCACAAACUCGUCAUUCGCCUGCACAGGAUGAUUCAGCCUUUCAUUUUGAGACGCUCCAAAAGAGAAGUGGAAAAGCAGUUGCCAAAGAAGUAUGAACACAUCCUGAAGUGCUGCCUUUCCAGCAGGCAGAAGAGCUUUUACGAGGAUAUUCUCACUCAACCGGGCGCUCAGGAGGCACUAAAGACCGGCCAUUUUGUCAGCGUGCUUCAAGUCUUGAUGCAGUUGCAGCGUGUGUGUAACCACCCUGACUUGGUUGCCCCCCGAGAAAAAAGCAACUCCUACUUCUGCUCUCCGCUGCAAUACAAUAGCCCGUCACUUGUACUGGGAGCACUGCAGGAUGCUUCAAGCAAAGAUACAAACAUGUCCCUGUUUGAUUUGAUCAAUAACGAGAAUCGACUGACUCGGUAUCAGACUGAGGAGGCAGUACCCAAACUAAAGAUCACGCAACAACUUAUAGAGGAGAUCUACAGCGGUCCAGAACCAUCACCACGACCCAAGCCAUGCCCAAUAAAACCCUCAAGAUUGUUCCAACCAGUACAGUAUGGGACAAAGCCAGAAGGUCGCCUUUUCACCUUCACAAGCGCAACAAGUCCAAAUCCUCCAACAAACUCUUCUGCUACAAUCAACUCUGUUUCCACCACCGGCCAAUUAGCCCAGACCAGGGGAAAGUCCCCUGUUAGCGCUGCAGCUACUACAGCAGCUUCUCAAGGAGGGGAUGCAGUCAAAAUUGCCCAGCUUGCCAACAUAGCUGGGAAUCCAAAUCGGAUCUCCCAACCAGAAACUCCCGUCACUCUGCAAUUUCAGGGUAACAAGUUUACGCUGUCCCCCAGCCAGCUCCGCCAGCUCACCACUGGGCAGCCUUUGCAACUCCAAGGAAACAUUCUGCAAAUGGUGUCCGCUCCUGGGCAACAAAUCAUCAGGCCUCAGGGGUCUAUGGUAAUGCAAACAAUGGCACAAGCUGUCCCUAACGCCAAUGCCUCAGCUUCCCCCAGCGCACCUCAUCCAACUCUGCCCACAGUCCAGCAAGGUUUGACUACAAAUGCUACAGCAGGCCCUACUAGGCUGUGUACUGCUUCCACACAGGAGUCUUCAGAAGAGAAGAGUCGUCAAGCAAAGCGACGUUUGAGCCUCCUUUUUGAAGCAAAUGAGCGACGCUGCAGCCGCAGAGUUUUGUAUGGGUCUGACUUGUUAGAGGUGUGCACUGUGACCUCCGAGCCUGGUCACUCUGCUUUGACUGCUGGAGGAUGGAUGUGGGUGGGCAGAGAGAGCUGCAUCAGGGCCCAGAAAAACUUUGUGGCAACCACUUCUACACUACAGUCUACUCUACUCUCGACUGAGGACCGCAUGCAAGCCACUAGUAGCCUUGUAAAGAGGUUAUGUGUGGUGCCUCCAGCUGUAGCUCCGCCUCUUCACUUGUAUGCAGCCAAUCCUCCAGUCGCCUACACCUGUGAACAAAAGUUACUUCAUCGCCAACUGCAGGAAGCUUUUGCGCCCCAUACUUCUGAAAUACACCGCUUGGUGACUGGGAAUGAUCGCUUUUCCCUUGACCUUCAUCUAAUGCAGAUGGACUCAGGUAAAUUAGAAGCUCUGGCCAUUCUACUGCAGAAGCUUAAGUCGGACAAUCGCCGUGUCCUCAUCACCACUCAAAUGGUGAAGAUGCUUGACAUCCUGGAGGCAUUUCUUGAUUAUAGGCAACUCACUUACGUGCGGGUGGAUGAAAGCUACACUCCAGAUGAACAACAGGAGACUAUAAAGAGCUUUAACAGGAACAGGCAGAUUUUCUGCAGCAUCUUGACAAACCACUGCUGCGCGGCAGUUGGAACUGUGUUUGAUGCAGACGCCAUCAUUUUCUAUGACACAGACCUCAAUCCCAGUGUAGAUGCCCACACUCAGGAAUGGUGUGACAAAAUUGGGCGCUCUAAGGAUAUACACAUUUACAGAUUGGAGAGUGGGAACUCCAUUGAAGAGAAACUAUUAAAGAACGGAACCAAGGACUUGAUCAGAGAGGUGGCUGCACAGGGCACUGACUUCACCCUGGCUUUCCUUACACAAAGGACGAUCCAGGAUUUGUUUGAGGUAGAGGCCGGCUCGGGGGAGAAAGUGGAGGAGUUUGUGGUCCUUCAUCAGGAGCCAUCAGCCUCCGAGACCAUAUCCCCUAAGGUGGCUAGGCCCUACAUCCAAGCUCUACAUAGCAUACAUUUGGAUGAUUUAGCAGAAACACAAGAUGAGAAAAUGGAGCAGGUAGAGAUACCAGGCAAGCAUUCUGAAAAGUUUGAUGUGGAGUCAGAGGGCCAGAAUAAAGAAGAGCCUGCUGAGAUUGAGGAGCUUAAUGCAAUUAUGGAACAGCUCACACCAAUUGAAAGGUAUGCCCUACACUACCUGGAGUACCUCCACAUCAGCGAAGAUGAAACUGUCCUCAAGGAGCAACUGGAGUGCUCUAAGAGAGGCUGGGAGCUGCAGCAGCUGCAGAAACUGAAAGAGGAGCAACAAGAGCGGCAGAUGAUGGAGGGAGAUGAAGAGCUCUUCACCUACACCAGAGAGGAUGCUUACAACAUGGAGUAUGUAUUUGAUGCUGAGGAUGGACACACAGAAAUCAUGCCGGUUUGGACUCCACCUACGCCACCACAGGAUGACAAUGACAUUUACAUAGACUCUGUAAUGUGCCUCAUGUAUGACACAACCCCCAUUCCUGAGUCCAAACUGCCUCCUAUCUACAUCCGCAAGGAGCAAAAGAGACUCAAACUGGACCCCUCUGCAGCAGCCAGGAAGAAGAAAAAGGGCCACGGGGAAACAGUUAUUCCUCCACGUUCCCUUUUCGAAAAGGCCAGCAUGCUGAAGGUUCGCAGAGAAGGAAAGGAUCAGAAGAAGAACUUCUCCCUCAAGCAGCAGGCACCCUUUGCCAAACCCCUGCCCUCGCUGGUUAAACCUGCUAUGGAGGUCGGUCAGGACAACCCAGAGUGGCUCAUCAGUGAAGACUGGGCUCUGCUUCAGGCUGUUAAACAACUUCUGGAGCUGCCUCUGAAUCUGACAAUUGUGUCUCCUGCUCACACUCCCAAUUGGGAUCUGGUGAGUGAUGUGGUGAACUCCUGCAGCCGCAUCUACCGCUCUCCCAAACAGUGUCGUACCCGCUACGAGAAUGUCAUCAUUCCCAGAGAAGAGGGCAAGUUGUUGUAUGAAGCAAACCCCAAGAAGAAAACAAAGAGCAUAUACAAGUCUAAGAAUAGCCGUCCUCUAAGGACCUGUCAGAUCUACACACAAGAUGACAAUGCCACUCAGAUUCAGCUCUACAACAGUCGUUUUGAGCUCAUGAAAAUUAUAGCCAGUAAGAGGAGCCCACCCAUCAAGCCACUGCUAGGCAUGAAUCCAUUCCAGAAGAAUCCCAAACAUGCCUCUGUCUUGGCAGAAAGUGGGAUAAGCUACGACAAGCCCCUACCCCCAAUUCAGGUAGCUUCUCAGCGUGCUGAGAGGAUUGCCAAAGAGAAAAAGGCCUUGGCGGAGCAGCAGAAAGCUCAGCAGUUGGCACAGCAGCAGCAGGCUGGUGCUCCCCAGGCCCAAACUGCGUCUAACCUGUCCCAGACCCCUGCUGCUGCCCAGGCUCAGGUCCCUCAGGCUGCUGCAGUGGCUGGAGCCACUGCUGUCCCUAAUGCAGCUGUCCUGGCUGGAGCCAUCAAAAAUGCUACUGUCGGCACAACCAUCCAGGCUGCCGCUGUCGGGGGGAAUGUGAUUGUGAACACAGUGGCUGGAGUGCCUCCAAGCCCCUUCCAGGCCAACAAACGCCUGGCAUCUCCAGUCAUACCAGGCUCCCUGCCUCCCGCUGGUCCUGCUGCUGGAGCACAGGUGGUCCAUGCACAACAAAGAGCCGUUACGGCUUCUGCUACCCCUGCCGAAGUGGUUGCCAUAGCUACAGGGCAGGGCGUACGAUCGGUUACCCCAGUGACCGCAUCGGCAGUCGUUUCAACCACUCUGAGCCCAGUCCAAGCUCAGACUCGACCACUUGUUACUCAAGUAACAUCAGCUACAGGAAUGCAACUGGCACAAGGAAAAGCCCUCACCCCAGCCCACCUGCAGAUGCUUCGGCAACAGCAACUACAACAGCAGCAGCAGGCGGCUUCUCCUCAGAUCAAAGCUGUAAGCAAACCCCAGGAGUUGUUAAAGAUGCACAAACAUAAAUUGCAGCAACAUCAGCAGGUUGCUGCAGCUGUGGCUGCUGCUCAGGGCCAACAGGCUGCAGGAGCCCAGCAGGCAGUCCAAGUGCAGCCGUCACAAGCGGUCCAAGCUAAUCCUCAGCUAGCAGCCGUGGCAGCGCCGAGACCUGGAACUGUCUUGACGGGUACAACAGUGGCCAGACUGACCCGAGUACCCACCCAAGGCCAGAUUCAGGCACAGGCAGGUCAGACGGCCCAGGUGACCCUCACCAAGCCUCCUGUGGUCUCUGGUGUCACCACACUGCCCGUCACUGUAGCUGGCAUUAGUGUGGCUAUUGGCCAGGCCCAGAAAACGGGUGGUCCUGUGCUGACCCCGUCCUUCCCACAAAUGCAAGUGCAGCAGCUGCUUCAGAUGAAGAAGCAGCAGGCGGCCGUUCAGGCGGCAGCUGCAGCCCAACAGAAGGCAGGACAAUCGCAACAAGGACAGGCCACAGUGCAGCAGAAGGUAAAGAUGGGCACCCAGCAGGUGACAGUGCAGGCAGCCCAGCCCUGUCAGCAGCAGCAGAAGGUGACCUACGCUACCACAACCCAACUUCAGCCAGGGAUCAAGACCCAGUUCUUCACCACGUCCAUCGCCCAGACUCAGAAGCCCACAGGAGCUCAGCAAAUUCAGGUGGCAAAAGUCCCCCAAAUAGUGCAGCAGCAGCCCACUGUGACUAACAUUCAGCAAAUUGUGUCUUCUCCGCAGCAGAUCCAAUCACAACCUCAGACGGUGACCCUAACCCAGACGGCCACGUCGGCUCCCGCUCAGGUGCAGAUGAUUCCCGCCGGCACCACGACGGUUCAGGUUGUCCAGCAGAAGAUCAUCCAGCAGCAGGUGGUGACUGCAGCCUCCUCUCCGCAGAUUCAGACUCCACCCACCCACAGCCAGGCCCAGAAACUUCCAUCUUCGGCGGCCACAGAUUCCUCGGCGCCGCAGCCCGCUCAGCAGCAGCAGCCCAACAAGAGCCAAGCUCGCCAGGGCGGCAUAAGGACAAAAAACCCUGCCAAACCCAGCGGGGGGAGCAGUUAGGAGGAACACACUAAAGCGAGUUAAAUAAGUAUUUUCCUGCAGUACGCACACGUACACACGAUUAUUAAUAUUGUAAAUUAUGAUUGUAGCGUACUGUACUGUUUUGGAUCCCAACGUCAACAACCGUCAAUACAGAAUCUAUCAAAGGCUUCUCUUCCUCCUUCUAAUCCCACACUCAACAUGAUGGCGUUCAUCAGACGCAUCCUGAUGCUUCAGCGUCAUGCCGACAGGAAGUCCACCCUGGUGAGAUUCUAAUUUUGCUCUUCAAUUGUUGAAAUGUUCAAUGUUAAAAAACUAAGCACGACCCCUCGGCGAGUCCCCAACAUGACGCGAGAGAACAUAGCGCAAAUCUGAGGUGUGUUGAUUUCGAGCUGUAUUCUUAAAUAGUCGCAUGUCAAAUUCCUUUGUUGUCUUGAGAUCAUGAAUGGAGAAUAGUGCACGUUAAUAUAGUUACUUUAGUCAUUUGUUUUUUAUUCCAGAAAAAUACACUGUAAACAUGUUCGUAUUUCGUUUUUGUUUUUUUUAAUUAAUGUCAAAGAAAAAAAUGUAAAUAUAAGUGAAAAAGACCAUUUGUACUUGUAAAGUAGUCGUGUUUUCAUUGGGGGUUUUUUUCAGCCUAAUUGUAAUAAAGUGAUUGGUUUUUAUACACAAACAUCUUUUUUUGGGUUUUCCAUUAAAUCCCUUGUGAGUGCCA